CUGCUGUUGCUGCUGUUGCUGCUGUCGGCGUCGCAUUCAACGCAGUCAUGUCUCUCGCCUGUUGCGCUUGCUCUUGCUCUUGCUCGUGCUCUCCCGCUUGUUGUUGUUGUUGCUGUUGUUGCUAUUAUCGGCUGUUUCGUGCGUACUUGGAGCGCUCAAUAACGCUCACAGCUGCCGGCGGCAGCAGCGGCGGCGUGCAAAAAACAAAAAAAAAAGGCGACGAAAAAAAAAUAAAACGAAAGCAGCGGGUAUUUAACCGAACUCAAAUCAAUUUGCAAUUUCAGUCUAUCUCCGCGUUGCAGCGUUGCAUGAACGUUAACGGUAGAAAACAAGCAGUGAGCAAACAAUUCAAAUAAAUUAUAAACAAUUCAAAUUAAACUGUACGCUUAUUUAAACGGAAAUAAUUUAAGCACGGGCAACAAACUUUUUAUUGAAAUUGAAUGUGAAUUUGAAUUUAAGUUUAGCAAUAAACCAAAUGCGCAAGUAAUUGUAAAUUAAACAACAACAGCAACAACAACAACAGCAACAAAUUGGUGUCGAUGUCAAGCGCGGCCUAGAAAACUAAACUCAACAAUACAAAGCACGUUUUGCUUGCAGGCUGCAAUAUUACGCAAAGCUAAAAAACAAAAGUAAAUUUAAAAAAAAACUAAAAUAAAAGCGUUCAAUGAACGCGCUUAGUUGGCCACAGUGACUGCCAAAUGUAAGCGCACCAGCUGAACUUGAAAGUGAAAGUGAAAUUGCAUAAAAACCAAAGCGCAAAUUUGUUCACAACAGCAACACAAACUACAAAUAAAAAAUACACAAAAUGAGCGCCGACGAGCAGCAGCAGCAGCAGCUAACGCGCAGCUUUGAGGUGAAGGCGCCACUAGGACACACGUUCGUAGUGAGUCCUGUGCUGACGGCAGUGCCAGUGCCAAAGACGGAGCAGCAGCAGCAACAGUUGCUGCUGGAUUUGGAUGAGCCCAGCUGCAGCAGCAGUUGCUCCUCUAGCUCGCAAGCGGUGGUGCCGCUGUCAUCAUCGCUGCCCUCCAAGCUGCUGCGUUUGCAUGCCAAGCGUUCGGCGCAGGCGCUGCUGCAGCAAACUGCAUCACUGGACUCUCAAAUUGGCUCCAGCUUGAGCUCUGAGCCCAUGUCACCCACUGCGCCAGCUGCUGAAGACGUCGGCAUGGGCUCAUCCAUCGGCGACUCUGAGGAAUCCGAGGAGGAUGAUGAGCUCAAGCCACUGGCGGUGGACAAUCAUAUCAAGUGCGAGCAGCCGGCAGAGCCAGUGCCGCUGAGUGAGGCCAAUUUGGAAAAGUUUCGCAAGCAUCAGCUGGACAACAUCUAUUUGCAUCCGAACUUUAGCCUGGAUGCUUCACCACCGCCCGCAGUGGCGCCUGCCAACUCGCCCGUGUUGGAAGCGCGACGUGUGCAUCGCAGUUUUCUCACACUCAAGAAGCCGCAAGAGGAGGCGUCGCCAGCUGUGGCCGCCUCGCCGCCGCCUGUUAACGAAAUCGACAAUCUGGAUGCCAGUCUAGUGCCCAGCGAGGAGCUGGCUGCCGAAAUAGCCGAAGCCGUGGAGUAUUACUUCAGCAACGAGUCCAUACUCAAGGACGCCUUUCUGCUGAAGCAUGUGCGGCGCAACAAGGAGGGCUAUGUGAGUCUCAAGCUGGUGAGCAGCUUCAAGCGCGUGCGCCAGUUGACGCGCGAGUGGCGCGUCGUGGGCGACGCAGUGCGUCGCAAGUCGCAGCGCAUACAGCUGAACGACACGGGCACCAAAGUGCGUCGUCUGGAUGCGCUGCCCAGCUUUGAUGAGACGAUGCCAUCGCGCACUAUAGUGGCCUGUGAUCUGCCGCUGGAGAAGCUCACCAUAGAAAAGGUGUCGGAUUUGUUUUCACCCUGCGGUGAAAUUGCUUUGAUACGCCUGCUCAAGCCGGGCAUGGCCAUACCCGUGGAUGUGCGCCAGUUCAUGAACAAGUAUCCGGAGCUGCAGCAUAAGGAGUGCGCGCUCGUGGAGUAUCUGGAGUCCAGUGCAGCGCGCCAAGCGCGCCACUUGCCGGGCAAUCUGCAGGUCUACGAAAUGGUCGCGCCCAAGAAGAAAACAGGCAAGAAGGCGCCGCUGAUACAGCUGCAAGCGCCUGUGGCACGCAUGGUGGAGAACUAUAGACACUACAACGAGCUGCAGGUGGAGCGCACACGCGGUGGCAGCUUCUCGGGUCUGGGCUCCAAUCAGGAGGAUGCGCGCUACAAACUCAAGCGCAACAAUUCCGACUUUCAGCCCAACUACUAUCAACAUCAGCAGCCGCAGCCGCAGCAGCUGCAACCGCAGCAGGGAUACAUGCCACAUGCAAAUUUCUUUAGCUUUGCGCCCAGACGCUACAGCAACUCGUCCACCAUUUCAGCCAGCACGCCGCCUGCUUUGGUUGAUGUUGUGCCCGCGCCCAGCAGCGUGCAGCGUCGUCUGUCCAACUGCUCGGAGCAAAGCUUUGUGCCCAGUCAGGAUUGCAAUGACAGCUGCGCCUGCUCGCGUCGCGUCUCGGACUUUAGCCAGCAGUCGGAGCAGGCCUAUCGCAAGUGCUCCAUAGGCUCCAAUGGCAGCGCAGGCGCUGGCGAGCGUCGCUUCUCCAACGGCUCGCUGCAGUUCGAGCGCACCUUCUCCAAUGCCAGCGAUGGCAAUGGCAAUGGCUUCUAUCGUCGUGGCUCCAAUGACUUUAGCAACGAGCGCGAGCAUGUGCAGCCUACAGUGGAGCAGCUGGUGGGCGGCGGCGGCGGUGGCUAUCAGGUCUGGCCACGUCGCUACUCCAACAGCUUCCAGCAGCAGCAGCAGCAGCAGCAAACGCAGCAGCAACAGCUGAGCAGCAAGCUGGCCGCCUAUGAUAAUGCGCAGUAUAUUGGCGGACGUCGCAUCUCCACAGACUCGGGCUACGAUCGUCGCUACUCCUUUGGCUCCGAGGGCUUUGAUGGCUCGCCACGCUCACGCACUGGCAGCUUCCUGAGCAACUACGAUGGGCAGCCACGUUCGCGCACUGGCAGCUUCUUGGACGGCUCGCCACGUUCGCGCUCCGGCAGCUUUGCCCAGCGUGCAGCGGAGAGUCUCGUGCGCACGCCCAUUGGACCCGACGGCAGCAAAGGCUUUGGCCAGCGUGCACGCAAAUUCGGUCACACUGUAUCGCCAGUCAAUUGAUUUCAGCACACUGUGCGCCAGUUUCAGUUUCAACACUGCCUUAAUCCUCUAAGCUCUAAGCGUUUUUUCUAGUUCUAAGCGCCACUUGGCCCACUGUGCAGCUACAGUAAACGCUCGCUACACAUAAGUAUGCAAAUUUUAACUAUAUAUUUGUUAUUUAAAAUAAUUGCAGGCAUACAAGCUGUAUAUAAUUUUAUUUUAUUUUUUCAGCCUAUAUAUUUUUUUAUAUUUUUUAAGCUUUAUAUAAACUGUGACAUAGCUAUGUCUGUUGUUACUAUCGAUAAACUAGUUGAAGCAUUAUGGCUGCCAUAGAUAGUUGGCCAUAGUCGAUUGUAAGUCAAAACUUAAUUAGAUACUCAGGUCUAUAGCUUAACAAUUGUUGAAAACAAUGCCACACAUUUGCUUAACUUUUAAACAUUUUCCUUUUGUUAUUAUUCAAAACUACAUAAUUAGUUAGCUUAAUUUUAGACCUAAGCAAAGAAUAAAAAUAUUUUUCAUUUUUAGCUUUUAAACAUUGCAUGUGAAAUUAAGGUGCCAAUAAAAAUU